UUUCAAUAACCUCGAAUUUAGACAACUCAAAAAAGAAAAGAAAAGAAAGAAAGAAAGAAAGAAAGAAAAAAAAACUCGGAAAUUGAUGAUCCCAGAUUUGAUCCUAAAAACCCCCUCGAUUUUCUGAAAACCAAGAUUCGCACCAUAAACCCUUUCAACCAAUCGGGAAAACCCAAAUCCAUUUCUUGUUGAUUCUUACUCAUUUUGAUCUGUUCUUAGUGAAUUCACUAACUUUUUUUGGAAAAGAAAUUGGGUUUGGAUUUUUCUUCUGUUUGCUUCUUCCGUCGCCGCCAAGCUGUGGUUGUUUCUCUGUUUUUUUGUUUAAAAAUCAAAGUUGAGUUUAAAGUGGUACUUCGAUUAUUGAACUACAUUUCAGUCCAAUCUGGAGGUGCCAAAAGAGUUUGGGGCUCGUCUGGUGAAGUGGGUAUUGAUUGUUUUGGGUGUUGAAGCAUUGUGUCCGGUGAUCCCUGGAGUGGAAGUUUGAUUCACGAGAGCUUGUGGGGUGAUGAGAGGUGUGUCUUUGGGCUUGAGAAGGGGAAAAUGACUGGUGGGUCAUUGGGGAUUCGCUCUGGGAGUUAUGGGUCUUUGGACAAACAGCUGCAGAACGGUGUAUUGCCGACUCAAGUUCCCACAAUAAUAAGAAGUAAGCCCUCUAAAAUGUUCAAGGAGAAGGAGACAUUGGUCCAUUGGAUCUGCAAACUCGCUGGCCGCAAGAAGGUGGGAAUGCUGCUCCUCUGUGUCAUCUCUGCAGCAGUUUUUGUUUGGGUCUUGUACGUUGGAAAAGGUGAUGAUACACGGGAAACUGCUAAUGUUCAGAACUUGCGUGCCAAUGAUAGCUUGAAUAAAAAUUCCCCUGGAUCCCCCCUGAUAAAUAGUCUGCAACCAAAUGGUCUGCAUACUACAUAUCCAGGCAAUCAGACGUCUUCCUUGAUCACUGGGGAAGCAAAAAAGAGUCAGAUAAUGCCCCCUCCUCCUCCUUCAUAUUUUCUGGGCUACACUCUUCCUCCAGGGCAUCCAUGUAAUAUUUUUACUUUGCCUCCUCCACCUGCAGACAGGAAAAGAACUGGACCACGACCAUGCCCAGUGUGUUACCUUCCUGUGGAGGAAGCUGUUGCUUUAAUGCCAAAGGUUCCCUCAUUUUCGCCCAUACUUAAGGAUUUAACAUAUAUUUAUGAGGAAUCAUUAAAUAAGGAGACAGAAUUUGGAGGUUCAGAUUUUGGUGGAUACCCUACCUUGAAGCAGCGUAAUGAUUCUUAUGAUAUAAGAGAGUCAAUGAGGGUGCACUGUGGAUUUGUGAAGGGAAGAAAACCUGGCCAUGGGACAGGAUUUGACAUUGAUGACGAUGAUCUUCUUGAGAUGGAGCAGUGCAAUGGAGUGGUUGUUGGAUCAGCUAUUUUUGGUGCUUUUGAUAACAUACAACAGCCAACUAAUAUUAGUGAAUACUCCAAGCAAACUGUCUGUUUCUACAUGUUUGUUGAUGAAGAAACAGAAGCAGAGUUGAAACGUAAUGGUAAUCUGGUAAAUAGUAAAAAGAUUGGAAUAUGGAGAGUUGUUGUUGUGCACAAUCUUCCUUACACAGAUGGAAGGCGGAAUGGAAAGAUUCCAAAACUUCUUCCACAUAGGCUAUUUCCAAAUGCUCGCUUUUCUUUGUGGAUUGAUGGUAAACUGGAGCUUGUUGUGGAUCCAUAUCAAAUUCUUGAGAGGUUUCUGUGGAGAAAAAAUGCCACUUUUGCAAUUUCUAGACAUUAUAAACGAUUUGAUUUGUUUGUUGAAGCUGAGGCAAACAAAGCUGCUGGGAAAUAUGAUAAUGCCUCGAUCGACUUUCAGGUUGAUUUCUAUAAGAAGGAGGGUUUGACUCCAUACUCCGAGGCUAAGCUUCCUAUCACUAGUGAUGUUCCUGAAGGAUGUGUGAUAAUAAGAGAGCAUGUUCCUAUCAGCAACCUCUUUACUUGUCUUUGGUUCAACGAAGUUGACCGUUUUACUUCCAGAGACCAAAUCAGUUUUUCCACAGUGAGGGAUAAGAUUACAGCAAAGACAAACUGGACUGUCAAUAUGUUCUUAGACUGUGAAAGGCGCAACUUUGUAGUACAGAGACACCAUAAAAGCGUGUUAGCGCAACUGGCACGUAUGGCUCCUCCAGCAGUUUAUCCUCCACCGCCACCCCUAAUGUUGCCAAAUGAUCCACCAAGAGUUUUUUCACUUGAAACUUCAGGUGAAAGGGUGGUGAAUUCUCCAGUUAGGAAGGUCACACCAAGACGUGGCAGAGAUAGGCGGUCCGGUUCAAGGCGGCACCGCAAGGUUGUUAGGGACAUUGAUUCAAGUUAAAAUUUUUUAUCAGGCAAUACCCAUUCUUUUUCCUCCCCAUUUCAGAAUCAUUCAUGCCGGGGCUGGAAGAUUGUUUGUGCAUUUGUUGUUUCCACAGAAAAGCACAGUUGGUCUUUCUUUCUUUUUCCCUUUUUUUUUCCCCUACAUUGUUCUACCUUCCCAAUUGCCCCCAUUUUCAUUCAUUUUUUUGUUGUAUAUAAUAUAGUCCCAAAAAAUAAUUAUAACGAGGAUUACCACUAAAAUCCCGAAGUGGUCCUCCAUUAUGUUUCUUCAUCAUAGCAUUUAUAUUGGGGCUCAAAACAUUAUAUACCUUUCUUUAUGUAUUUUUCUUCAUUUAAAAUUAAUAAACUUGAUUUUUUUAC